UUGUUUUCAAAGAGAAUAUAAGGAGUAGAUCCAGAGAGCAGUAUAUCACAAAAUCCUCUUCCUUAAUCCUGAUCACAAUCAAGAGUCUUAAAUGAAGACAUCAUCAUUCAACAUGAGAUCCCUCAUUUUGCUGGCAUUUGUCAUCGGUGUGGCCUACUGCGCUCCGCAAUUUAUGUAUUAUGAGCUAGAAUACAAACCUGUCAUGGCUCCACAGGCUCUUCCUGCGGCCGCCGCUGCAGCUAGACCUUCUGAAAUAGAGAUUCUUCUGGCAGCUCAACAGCCUGCAGCUGGAGGUUCUGGUCAACCUAUCCGUGGCUUCAUUAAACAUGAGAUUCCCCAGCCCGCAGGCAAAGAAAGUAUUGAAGUUCUGUACCCCUUCGGCUUUCCUCAACCUGCCCCUGCUGCCCCAGCUGCCCCGGCUGCACCGGCUGCCCCAGCUCCUGUUCCAAAGGAUGAUGAUGAUGAUCAUGAUGACUAAACCAGAUGAAAGGAUAAGCUGACCACCAAUUCCUGAACGACAAAGAAGCUGCUUGUGUUAUGCAGAGUGACUGCAUAAACGCUUUCCUGCUUGAGAAAUAAUGAUGACCC